ACGUAGUACUCUCUCUAACCACCAGAUGGCACACUUUACGAAAGUCUAUGGAAAAUCAGGAGAAUCGAUUGUAAAAAUAUCACGACACUUUUCUUACGUGUGCGGUGUGCUACUUUAGCCAUGGGGAAGCAAUUUGGAAAUCUUGCUAAAAUCAAUGGCGUCGUCUUCUUUCGACUCAGUCCGUACGAGCAGAAAGCUUUCAAAGGAAUAAUAUCCGAAGGUGUACCAAACACCAUUCGCCGCAUCCAAGGCAGCAUAUUUCGCGUUACUCCUUUUUUCAUAUUUUCUUAUUUGCUCGUGAAUUGGGCGAAAGAGGAGAACCAUGCCCUUUCUCGCAAAAAUCCCAAGGACUAUGAAAAUGAUACGUGAAUAUAGGUGAUUAAAUUUCUAGUUAACACUUAGUUUUUAUUGUGAAAUACUACGUAAUCUUAUCUUUAAUUCUAAAGAUAAGAGUAAAAGAAACAAUAUUAUAUAAAAAUUAAUACAUGUA